CUUUUACUCUACUCCGCACUCUGUAUGUAAAUCGAGUAGUUGUUCAUCACUCCCAGGAGAGAGUUCUAUGUGAUACAUACUCAGCCUAGUCAGCUCAACUCCAAACAGCCCUAUGUGUCCUACACAGUUGGUACCAGUAAGUUGUUCCAAGCCCUUGGCGCUUGGUUAACGGCGCCAUCCACCUGGCGUCACUGAGGACGACCCUUAUACCCACUAUGCUUCUGGAUUCUUUCUAGUACCAACACCAAGCUUCUCCUUUCCUCCCAGAUUAAGCUAUAGCCCAUUCCUGUGGCUUUCGUCCCUGUCGAUUCCAUUCCUGAAAUUCCCAGACAGCCAGAGUUCAGCCUCUGUGGGGCCAGUAAAGAAAAGCUUUCCUCGCAACAUCACGUACGCCAUUGAUUCUGGUUGUCCCUUUUGGUGUCGUGUCAUCAUACUCUGUACUUCAGGGCUAAUUGUAUGUACAGUACUCCGUACCUUGCCUACCUAGCUAGCGUUAUGACAUCACAUCAAUUUCCAUUGAUGGCCUAACUACGGUAGACGCACUGUUGACAUCCAUCCAGAUUUGGUGCAGUGCCAAUUACGACACAGCAUUUGGGAGCUCGACGGCGAUGUGCCGGGAAUGCAAUGCAGCAGUCGCCACGCCAUUGUUGUUCUCUAUGUAUGUACUUGUAAGACAGCGUGAACAGAAUUGCAUGCAUGUGCAUGCAGGAAGGCAAGAAUCCCGGCAGGCAACAGGGCCUGUCACUCGGCCGGCGCUUUCACCUCUGAAGAGAGGUUUUCUUUUCUCCUUUUUUUUUUUUUUUAUCUUAUAAAUAGGGUUUAUAUGUCGUACUUAACACAAACCGCUAACAUAAUGAUUGAACGACGGUUGGGCUGCAACAUGCAGGUUGGCUGCUCCUAGCGCACUAGCCUACCAGAAAGUUUUGCACUUUGUUACCUGUACCCGCUCCGACUUUGACAGACAAACACUUUGACGAUGAAGAGAGCUCUUUUGCGCAAGGCAGAUUCAAAAGAUGUGAGCUCCUUACUCCUUACUCCGUACUCCCGUCCGUACUACAAUGCUGUACUUACAUUUGCUUCCGCUUUUCAUACUCCACAACCUCCGUCCUUCCCCACUCAACCCGGGCAUGGAUUCGGAGGACUCCCUUAUCCAAGGGUUGGAACUUUGAGAACUUCGCCUAAAACUCUAAAACUCGCAAACUCCGCCAGCCUCGGCAUAGAUCAUGUUUGGCCAAUCCAUCCGUCGUGUUGUCCUUUCUUGGUACUUGACAACACAUCGAGGUUGCAUAUGGCGGUUUAUGUAAAUGUUCACCGACUGUUGCUAACUUCCUUGAGUAUGCACUGCUUCGCACAUCUGUCACGCGCUUGUCUCUGACGAUGGGGCGCUUGCUUAUCUAGUCUGGUACUAUCCGAACUAUAUCUGUCGUGGUAAUUUGGUUUAUUCGAAUUUCCUGCCUUGACGGCCAUAUGAUUGAGUCAGCCGUGAUACGACUCCUUAUCACCUUAAACAGUCUAGCAGGCAAUAAAGCGAGCGAGCCGCGUCGACUGGAAAAGAGAUCCAUGCCAUGCCACAAUACUUUUCUUCAAAAUACUCCAAUGUAUUUGGCUCCGCUCGGCCGGCUGGCUCAAGACUGGCUUUGAUGAACUCUCAGUCGUGAAGACAUCAUCAAUGGUCUGAGGUCCCACAGCAAAAAUUCACUUUGUGCUCUCUUACCUAUUCAAGCUCCGACCAAACUGUACGUACAAUUCUGAGGAUCCAAAAGUUUGACUUUAUUAUGACUCCAUCUGGACACACAUCUCGUGUAUUGGUUGUUCCAGCGUUUGGGGACAGCAAAGUUUAUUCGUGUUUAGAGAGUUCUGCUGAAUGCCACUAUUCCAUUGCUCUACCGCUAGAUACCUACAGUACUCUGUGUUCCGGGUUAUUGGGCGCGUGGUUGUUGCAAUCUCUCAGCAGGGCGCCUAAUACGGAUCAUCGCCAAGACACCAAGCUAAUGUAACGAUCAGUGACACCUCCACUAAGUGGCACUAUUAUUCCCAGUCUCAUUUCCAUUUCUCUCCGACGUUGCAGCAGCCUGACUCAACAUCGUCAUAAGAGUGCCCUGUGACCCUUGAGACAACAACCAACACUUGCCAUGUCCGUCCUUUGCAUUGAGACAACCUUUUCUUCUCGCCGGCCCGGUAGCCAGUUAAUUGGCGGUGCAACAGCACCAAAAGCGUCAUUACAAGUCGCAGUUUGGUACACGGACACACUUCCCAAGUUCCAAUCGUCAGCUGAGAUGGAUGAAUGCUGGACCGGGCCUCUUCCGCAGUGGUCCACAGACUGUUCCAACUCCAGAUCUCUUUGUCCGUCCCGAAAAACAUGUGGGGGAUCAUGAUCCAUGUGAUUGUCGAUGCCAACCCUGACGCUUCGGAGUUAUGGCUAUCCACCUGAACCAGACCAGACCAGGUCCUGGGACCUGGGUGCAUGUUGAAGCACGAGAGAAUUGGCGAGCUACGCGCCGGGACAACUACAUAAGAUUUCCGUCCGUAGAGCGGCAAAGUCACGAAUCAAAAGGCUAAUGAUGAACACCUUUAGCCUCUGCCCCCCUGCUUCGGUUUGAUCUCGCAUCACAUCUCACAACCGUCGAUGUCACAGUAGCCGACUAAGAGCCACUUUUUCCCACAUGGCAUGGCGAAUCGCCGCCUGAUGGUUGAGCCAGACGCUUUUCUCAGUUUCUGCUGACGGUUGUGACUGUAAACCGUCUGCCAGUCUUAAACAACCAUUCAUUCAUUAAUUAUCCUGAGUUCCACUCGCCCUGUCAUGUAAUUUCCACGGACCGUCCACUACUGGGCUAGGCGUGCCCACCGCUGCUUCAUCGCCAAACUCUAUUGUUGAGCACCAAUUGUUCUCCCUGCUUUGUUGGAUUGCUUGCCUCCCUGUUUGCUUGCUAAGCCUUUACUACGUCGUACGUGAACUGGAUGCUCCACGUUUUGUUUGAGCCGUUGGGUUGAUCAUUGCAAGGAUCCCUUGCACGGGCAAUCGCACCCAUACAUAGUUGAUUGCCAUGAUGCCAUCUAUCCGUACUCCGUACCUGGCUGGGCAUCUCGAUUUUUAUUUGACUUUGUCUGUUCUCCUACGGUAGACAGCUUAUUUUGUCUUACUCACGGCGAUUGAUUGCCGUUUUAGGACACCACAAUAAGCAAACAGUUGCACUUCAACGGCCCGAGUUUCAGGGCUUAGACUAAGAAAAAGAAAAUGAGUAGGGGCGAAAACACCAAAAACCCAAAUCAAGGUUUGAAUCGAACGGUGAAUGACAUCUCGCGUGCGUCUAAACAUUGCAAGGCCAACAGCGGAUCGCACUAGGUACAUACGUACAGUAUCAGGCCCGCCUCUCGGAGCGGCUGUUUGGCGCCGAUUGCCUACCUAAGGUAAGGUACCUAAUGUAAUGCCUAGGUACCUAUCAUGGAAGGUGAUGUACUGUGGGAAAUUCAGGAAUUCAAGGGAGUGAGCCUGUCAAUGUCAGGUUUUGUCUCCAAACUCCAGACCCCAAGGUGGACAAUGCCCAGUCACAAGUCUCCUCCAUGCAUAUCAUCAAGCCCACCUUAUCGAAAACCGCGGAACAAAGCCAACCCUGGUAAAGUUCCCACCGCUAAGAGUCAGGCACUCGAAACAAUCGCCAACUUAACCAGCCCGUUAUUCCCGCUCGCUAAAGCCCGCCCCGGUUCUUUGAUUGAUUACUACAGGGGGGUCAACGUUACCUGAACCUUGAUUUUGAACCCUGACUUUCUUGUGCUUGCUUGUUGACCUGUCAUGCAUGGAUUCAACGGAAACAUGAGCGCCCGGGACUAGCUCCAGUUCUGGAUAUUCAGAGACAAUAGGAUCUUUUUACUUUCGCACCAUCGAAGCUCUCCACUUCCCCCGAACGGGUUUCUUUCCAGUCUUUUACAGAUCCCCGAAAUCAUGAGGAUCCUUUCGCGACUCGCUCGGCCUUUGCUAUGACAUCGGCCAGGGCAAAGUAAAGUCAAUCAGCAGCAAACUGACUCUUGAGCCUGAAUCGUAACGCCGUGGGUCAAACACGGUUGAGACAGGUUGCCAAAUCCACAACCAACGGCGCCUCCAGAACUUCUAGUCGCCUUCUUUCCCUUCUUCGUCUUGUCUAAUGUCCACAAUUGACGCCCCGCUCGCUGCUUGAGGUGGUGACCUUGGCGUUUCGAGGCCCAUUCUGGAGUUCUAGCCACCACCAAGCAUCUCGAGGCAAUUACACAAUCUCAAACGAAGCCCCAUCAGAGCACAUGGCGUUGUUCAAAACGUUGCGGUUGCAGACCUAUCGGCGCACUAUCCUACUCUGGACGAAAGGCACGCCAAGCUUCUUACGACCAUCGUUGAAAGUCUGGGCUUCCUCACACCUGUUUCCCAUUGUGCCAUUCAGGUCACUCCUAUUCGAUGCCUCCACGUUAGAGUUUCAAUGGCUUAGGCCAUCCGAAGCCGGUUCCUGAAUAAGAUCCCCGACUACAGUAAUUCUGUUGGCUGAUCACUGGCUCGGCGCCGCCGAUUUUGCUGGAUCUGUCUAUGGCCCAUAUGUUUCAUCCUGUGUGGUUCAGCCACGGGAAACAAACGCUCAGAUCCAGAUGUGUGCUUCAGAGGUAGGGAGUUGUACUAUACAAUCAGGUCUAUUUAUCAACAAUUCCAGCCAACACCAAGGACUGACUACACUAGUUAUACAAAUAUACAAAUACCGUGUAAGUGGCUUACACUCCAAGCCAACCGUUUCAGAAAUGGAGCGUUUCUGUGUUUGGAGGCUUGUGAGUUUCCAGUCUCGAACCGUUAUGAUGCCAUCUUUGACCAGCUAAGCCUUCUUCUUUCCGAUCUUAUAGCCCCAUGAUCGAAGGAUCUUAACGACCUUGGGUGUUAGGGCGGCCGUUAAUGGCACCCGAAUGAAGAUAAAGCUCUUGUGAAUGGCGUACGCCAGCGCCAGCUGAGUUGCUAAACCUGUCGCAGAUUGAGUCGUUAGCCUUUCUCACCAACUCAGCAAGCUUCCUCUACUGCCCACAUCACGAGCUGUUAGGGGCGAUGAUAAGCAUCUAAUGCAUGCGCCCAGGGGCAAAAUCUAAUGAUAGUACUCACUAGCAUCGGUACGAUUGCGUUCCUCAGCCUUCUCGACACCCCAUGUGGCCAUUUCCAUCUUGUCACUGAUAUCGUCAUCGCCAAGUGCUCUCGCCUCAGCCUUCUUGAACGACUGCCAGUAGGUGUGCCAGGCCUCCCGAACAGUAUCGGGGAUCAUCUGCUUGAUUGACGACAUCACACGAUGUUCAACCUCGCCUAAAAUGCGCCAGCGGCAUCAAUUAGCAACCCACUGAGAAUAAAGGUCCGCAUGACCUCGUUAACGGAUCUAGCAGAACGGGAAGUCGAGAACGGUCAGCCCGAGGUAGACGCCAACGGUUACCCAGCCGUAUUCCUUUGUAAGCUUCUUGAGUUUGGCGGUGAGGCCUUUUGGUUCCUCGGCUUCGCCAACGGUCGGCUUCUUAUUUGUCUUGCGCUUUGUGGUAAAUCGAAAACCGCGUCUUAGUACGCCUUGGAGCAUGCUUGGCGUUGUUGUAGAACCGAUCCCGAAGCGAGCGCUCCUCAGUCUGGCCAUCAUACUAUCCCAAGGGAUGGUCUUCCAUCUCAACAGCUGACGCGCGGUCUUGUUUUGCGACUGUGAUGUAAAGAGUCUCCUCCAUGCGCCACUCCAAGCUGCCUGUUGAGCUUGUUGGCUGAAGACGCGCAAAGGCGCACGCACGCCGCGAACAGGUUGCCUUAACAUGAUUGUCAAAUGAGGUCGUUUUAGUCACAAAAUCCAACGUCCUCCUGAGUCGUAGGUUCACAGUCGAAGAGAAGGUGGUUGAGAAACUUCGUGAUCGGUCGAAACGGGCGAGAGGCGAUAAUUAAUCGUAACUGGUCGGAGCUUUCGGAUUUAAUGUGUUGGAUUCAAGUAAUUACAAGAUGGGGGAAACCAGCCAGAUUCAUAAUCAGAACAUCGUGACUCUUGAUAAUGAAAUUGCAAACCGUAAUAGGUUAUCCUGCCGUUUUCUCC